AUGAACAAUAAAUAUUAUUCAAUAGUUUUAAUGAUAUUUAUAAUUUUAUUAAAAAUAAAAUUUAACAAAAGUUAUACAACACAUUAUAAUGUUAAAACAAUAUUAAGAUAUGCAGAUAAUCAUGAAGAUACAUUUCUAUGGGCAAGUAAUCAAACUGCAUGGGAUAGAGAUUGGAAGAAUAAAAUUGGUAUUGUUUCAGUUGAUACAUGUCCAUUUGUAAAAUCAGUACUGAUUCCAAAAGAGAAUACAUUCUAUUGUGUAUUACCUUACAAUGAUUUAGACCAAUUUGGUAGAAAAGCAAAUGCAUAUCAAAUUCCAUGGGCCACAUCCUCAGAUCCUGAUGAAUAUUCAAUAUUAAAGAAUCGAUGGAUUAAAGUAUCCCAUAAGGAUGCGAUGGCAUUCUGCCAAUAUGAAGACGUGGGUCCUCAAUACGAUGAUGAUUUCUCCUAUGUUUUCGGUACAAGUCAUAGUUUACCAGAGUCUCAAUAUGGUGGUUUAGCAAUUUCACCACAUGUAGCUCAAUUCCUAGGUAUCUAUGAAAGAUUUAAACCAGUUGCAAAAAUUGAAGAAGAUGACGACAAUUCCUCAAUGUUUUCAAAUAGUUUUUAUUCAUUCCGUUUUAAUGAUAUUACAAUGUCACCAAUUAUAAAUUCAACAUCAUCAUCAUCAAAUUCAUCAUCAUCAUCAAAUUCAUCAUUAUCAUCAGAAUCAUUAUCAGAAUCAAAUUCUCAUGAUAUAUCAAAUGAAAAUAAUAAAGUUAGUAAUUCAAAUAAUAAUGGACCAAUAAUUGAAAUACCAAAAUAUGAUCCACAAACAGUUUUAGAUUUUGAAAGUAGUACAUUAACAGUGUUUUCAACUACAUCUACUUUGAAAAAGGAUGAUAAUGAUGUUAGAUGUACUUGGCAAUUUAUGGAUGAUAAGGAUGUACCUGAUGGUCCUUGGAAAAAGAUUGUAACUACCUCUCAAAGUGAUAGAAUUUUAAAAAGUUUUAUUCGUCAUAAUGAAAAAGAUAUCGUUGGUGAAGCGUUAGAUAAACCUCCUUCAAUUUCAUCUUCAUAA